AUGUCACAACCACGCAAAAGAGCUCAUAUCCUGCCUCAAUUUUCAGCUAAAGAUUAUAUCCACAGCUCAGUCGAUCGAUCUCUAAAAAGCCCAAGCUUUGGGUUUCCAUUUACAUACACAUAAAAAUACAUUAAAAUGGAGAUGCGUGCCAGUCCGCUAUCUUAUCAGACCUCAGGACCUUGUGGAAGGGAUGAUGGAGUUCGGUGAAGUGUAGCUUGCUAAGUUUUACUUGGUUUGGUGGAGCACAAUUUCCAGUUUAUUGGAUUGCAUGCUCACGUCCAGGUCAACGUUUUACUUCAGAGGAAGAUAAAGUUCGGGGCUGAAAGCUUGCUCCAGCAGCACCAUUGAGGUUUCUACUGGUCAAUCAGGGACUUUCCUCAGCGCGAUCCCAGUCGUUACGCUUUGGGCUACGAAUUUUCAUGUUGGCUGAUAGCACUCCUCAUUCUACUUAACUAACGACAUUCCCAUAAAUUAUUUUACCAUUUUUCACAAAAUUUUAAUUAUUUUAAAUUAUUAUUUCUUUUUUUAAAAUGAGCGUGUUACAUCUCAUAAAUCACGAUUAGUCGCCUUAAACCCUAAGACAGCCUCUCCAACACAUACCCCAAAAACUACCAAAGCCAGGUCAAGACCUCACCGUUUUGCAUCACCUUAUUCAAAACCUCGGACAAAUUUAAAUAGAUCUUUUUCUUCAAGCACAAUGAAAAGAAAUCAUAGCGAGGAAGCAUUUACUUCUCCAAAGAGAACAAAAGACCGUAUGAACAGCUUAGCGUUAGAUUUUUCGCAGUGCAAUACCUUUGACAAUGAAAAUCUGCUUCAAAAUUCUACCCUGUGUACUAAACUUAACGGCAGACUAGCCAAAUUAACCCCAGCGAAUAAAGAAAAACAAUUUUUAAUAUGCAAAGAAGCACUCCAGGAAUUAAUUGACUCUGUAAAGCCACUUUCGGAUUUAUUGGAGUCUAUUAAAAAAGGAUAUGAAACUUAUAUUGAUGAAAAAGAAACAAUUAUAGAGGCACAAAGGAAACAAAUAUCCCUAUUUAUAAUAAUUUUAUAAAUAAAAAAGUUAUUUAGUAUAGUAUGCUCAAGGUAUUUAAUAGGGAAUAUAUGACUUAAGAGGGGUGACACAAGUAAGCACCAUGGCCUCAGAUGCUUCAAGAACACCUCAAGGAAAAUAUAUAGAAAUCCCUCAGUCAAGACUUAAAAAAUCAAGGGUUCCGAGUAACCCAAAAUUCGAAGUUACACCUGCAAAUGACAAAGUAAAUGAUCUUAAUAAACAAAUAAACGAUAUGAAGCAGAGAGAAAAAGUUUAUCAAAACUGCUUAUCAGAAUUAAUUAAAAAAGGAUACCCUGUCAACCAAGCUCUAUUAAAUGAUGGUUUAAAUAGAAAAAAUUCGAAAACUCCUCAUCCAAUAAAACCAAGGGCAAUUUAAAAUUAAAUAAAAUUAUAAUAGAAAAAUUGUAAUGAAAAAUAAAAAAUUUAAGGCGUAUUGGACGCGGUAAUGCAUAAUUUAUUUUUUAUAAUAGAAAAUUAAUUAUUUUUCUUCAAAAAUAAGCAAGAAAACCAAGAUUAGAAGAAAUCCCAAAACUUGAUUUAACGAGAUUAGAAACUAAAAAGAAAUAUAUAGACUCUAAAGACCAAAAUAUAUCACUGACAGAAAGCAAAUCAGGUGAAAAUGUACAUAUGCAGAAUGGAAAUUCAGAAAAUAAACCAAAGGAAAAUCGAAUUUGUUUUCAGGAAGAAUUUAUGUCAAAGUUCCAAGAGUUUUCAGAGUCUUGGAGAAAUUUGAUACAAGACCAGACUAGAACUUAA